GCAAAGAGUGGGCAGAUUAACAGCGUCCAUACUUGGAAAAGUACUCUCGUGCUGCACUGGGGCAGAGGGGAUUGUCUCCCAAGUGAUGGGCUAUACCAAGACACCCGAUGUGUUCAGUGUAAGAUGGGGCAGGGAGGAGGAGGUCAAGGCUCGAAAUCGCCUCAUUGCCGAUGAAGCACACAAGCACAGUGACUUUGAGGUCAGGAAGUGUGGUUUGUUUGUGGAUUCCGAGAGGCCAUAUUUAGGAGCUUCCCCUGAUGGUGUUGUGUCUUGUUGUUGUUGCACAGACGCAGUACUGGAGAUUAAGUGUCCAGCGUCAUGUGCAAACCUUAUAAUUGGCGAAGCUAAGGUAAGACUGCCAUACCUUGAUGCUGAUGCACGUCUAAAAGAAGAUCACUUGCAUUAUGCUCAGGUCCAAAUGCAGAUCGCACUUGUUAAAACAACCAGAGCAUUCUUUGUCGUCUUCACAACUGUGGACAUAAAUGUGGAAGAAGUGAAGUUUAAUGAGUGCUUCUGGAACACGGCCGUCAGUGAGGCAGAGGAGUUCUACUUCAGUCACAUUUUCCCUGAAAUUCAUGGCAGAGAACUGCUGAAAAAAAUUGAGCAUGCAAACACCAUGUGCAUUUGCAAAACACAGAAGUCGGGAUCUGUCCUACGAUGCAAGUUAUGUAAAGUAGCCGUCCACCUGAAAUGUGUGAAACUGCGACGUACGCCUAAAACAUGGGUGUGCUUAGUUUGUAAACUUGCAAAAUAGACCUACUGUUUAUUGCAAGUGGGUUAGUACCAGUGGUGUCAAUUUAGCAGUUUU